AUGCAGAGUUCUCCAGCUUCCGGCUCACCCGAUCCAACAAAAUCCACGUUUAUUGUGCCCGAAAACUUAGAAGAGGUGUUAACUACGUAUUAUCAAUCCGUGAAUCCUGAGAAAGUGAAUUCCGUAGAUGUAGAUCCAUCCACUGACACCCAGGUCAGAUCCAUCUUAGAGAGUUACAAGGGAGAGGAAGAUCAACUCUACCAGCGGCUCGUGAAUAAGUACGGAAAAGAGCCCUGGCCUCUCCGCUCCCCCUCCACCCCCAGUGUUCUGGGCGAUCUCCCCGAUCGCCUGCAAUCUCUCCGCGAGAGCGUCUACUCCGCGCUCACCGACUUCGUCAACGACCAAUCCACCGAGCUGCCUCCCUGCGCGCACUGCGAGUCUCUCCACGCGCAACUCCGCCAUCGCAAUGAGCAGCUCUCCUCGCUCAAGCAGUCGCUCGCCCGCUCCAAACUGGCCCAUCUGCACGCCUCCAUUCCCUCGCCUCUCCUCGACGACCCCUCCGAGGACCCUUCCGACGCCGUCUCCGUCAUCUCCGAGGCCGUGCCCGCCGGCGAAUCGCUUCUCGAGCCCUUCUCUCACGGCCAGUUCGUCGCCGAGCAGUUCGCCGAGGCCAUCCACGUGCUCGCGCCGCUCUGCGAAACGCCCGCGUCGAUGGAGGCGUUUCUCUGCGCGCUGGCCGUCGAGGACCUCGAGUUUCUCCGGUCCGUGGCGGUGGAGGGCGUGCGGACGAAGCCGUGGAAGCGUGAUGGGGAGAGCGGAGCGUGUACGCUGUGCGGAAAGACGUUUGGGUCGUUCUAUCGGAGACAUCAUUGCAGACUGUGCGGAGACGUGUUCUGCAAUAAGUGCUGCGGAUCCACGCUGUCGGUGCGGUCGUUAGGGGAGAAUAAGGUGGGACUGGAGAGGAUGGAUGAUGGGUAG